AUGGACCAUUCCCAGCGUCCUAAGCGGACUAGCAAUGCCUGUCAACGCUGUCGCUCACGCAAGGUCAAAUGUUCUGGCACCCAUCCCUGCGACAAGUGCUGUCAGCGUCGCGAAGACUGUGUCUUCGAGGAUGAUCGCAAGAUUGUAGUGUCUGAAGAGUUAUUUCUGUCCCUCAAGCGAAAAGUGGAGGCCCUGGAAGGAAGUGGUGACUCUUCCCCGGUGGUCAAACGCCGGCGAGCCUUGACGACUGACAGUACAAAUGAAUCCAACCAUGAACGAGCAUCGGAGUUGCCCCGAGAGGCAUCAAUCGAUCCAGCUGAGUCCCAUCGAAUGGAUGAACAUUUCACCUCCAACCCUUUUAUCAACCCGGGCUACCUCAAACAUACCGGACAGCGACAGCGAAUAUGGCUGUUUCUUGGACCGACUUCGACCUGGUCGUUCAGCCGCCGCAUUCUUACCAUUGUACAGGCACAUAUCUCGCCAGAGAGUCCACGGGCGAUACCUCUCGCGGUCGAUGGCGAUGCAUAUCAAAUACAGUGGCGUCACGCCAGUUCCGAGGAGGCCCCUGACAUCAGCGGUCUGCCCUCGCUGGAGCAUGCAUUGUACAUGGUGAGCACCGUGCAGUUUCAUUUCACCCACCUGUAUCGGUUAUUUGAUGAGGAUGAGUUCUAUCGGCAUAUGUAUGAGUUUUACGACGAUGCGGCAGCCAAGGUGCAGGAACGCCGUCUGUGGUACGUGCAGUUUCUCAUCAUCCUAGCCUUCGGAGAGGCCUUCCUGGACCCAGUGCGGAAUCAUGCGAACACGGCGAGCUGGACCAAGUAUUUCUCGAGGGCGAUGUCACUGUUGCCCGAUAUUACUGGGUUAUGGCAGGACCCUACCCUCGCAAUUGAGGUGCUGGCUCUCAUUGGACUGUAUUUUCACUCGGUGGAUAUGAGGGAUACUGCCUAUUGCUAUAUUGGCCAUUCGAUGCGCAUGGCAUUGGUUGAAGGGUUUCACAGGGCGCUUCCAGUCAAUCAAUUAGGACGAAAAUUAGUGGAACGCUGCAGCAACAUAUGGUGGACAGUUUAUAUCCUAGACCGCAAAUUUGCGGCACUGAUAGGAUCCCCAAACUCCGUGCGGGACGACGAAAUCACCACGCUUUUAUGGGACCCGCGCACAUCCUCUCGCAACGAGGCUACCCUGAGCCUCCAUGUCAAGAUCACACAAGUUAUAACGCGCGUGUUGAACACUGUCUACAGUGCUGAUGGCACACUGGGAGGAGUCUUUCUUCGCAAGGUGCGAUCGGUCCUGCAAGAAAUGACCACCCUAUCGCGAGAAUUGGAUGAGGUCUUUUCGCAUCGCUUUGCAAACUCAGUCGACUCACUAUCUGGAGUUACCACACGCCUGACCCUAUCCUGUCAUCUUUGCAUCAUCGUCACAACGAGACCUCUCGUGCUGAGCUUACUAUGGGAGCGUUUAGGCUGCUUCGAGGCAGGUACCGAGUUUCGUACCUUAUCUCCGCCCGUGCAAGCAUUGCUACAGGCGUGCAUCGACUCCGCGACAAAAUCAUUGCGGAUACUUACCGCAUUGCGCGACCAAAACCUGCUAGAAACUUUUCUCCCCUUCGACCUAGAAAACCUCUUUUCCUCCUUCUUUAUUCUUUCCGUAAUCUCCGCCAUCCUCCCCGACACACUUCCCGACCCGAGCUACCGUGACAUGGGCUACAGCCUUCUUGACGCGAUGAUCGAGAGAGGAAACCGCGUGGCGCAGCUUCGCAAGUCUGAAGUUGAGCUUCUGGAAGAACUGAUUGCACCGUUGAUGCGACGGCAGGGUCGAUCCACAGACGUCGGAAAUGAUAACACCGCGCGGCCGCACCUGGCCACGCCUACCAGCCAAGGUCGGGAGCGACUCACCGAGUCAGUUCAACCAUCGGGGUCAGGGCUGCUUGGGGAAAUAGGGGGAUCGGGGAUUCCGCCCCCACAUGAGAUCUCGGAGCAGGAUGACGAUAUACCCCUUGAUUGGCGGGGAUUGGGGCUGUCGCUGGACUGCAUGCUGACGGCGGCGGACCAAUUGAAUACGAAUAAUUUGGUGCUAGAUGCAGAGCGCGAGGGAUUGCAGACGGACCUGUGGUUGUGGGAGAGUUGA